AUGCAUCGACGUAUGCCGUAUUUGCCUACGCUUUCGCUUGAAGGAGCUGGUGAUCCGAUGAGUCACAUCAAGAAUCUGCAUACAAUCGCCGUCGUUCCUGCGUCAACAGAAGUGCCUCUGGUUCCAUUUACAUGCGAGCUCUACCAUGCACUGUCUGCUAAUCUGAAAGUACUGAGACUAAGCAGUCAGAAAGUCGCAUCACAUCUGGACAAUGCCGUUCUCGAGAAAUUCCUGCAUAGCCCCGACUUCACACUGCAAGCGGAUUUCCGAUUGAUGCACUGGUUGAAUGUGCAAGAGGACACCUAUCCCCUUGUAAUCUAUGAAUGCGACUACACACCGACCAACUGGACACGAAGGUGUUUACGUCAAGCUGACGCCAUCCUUGUGGUAGCAAUGGGGAACAAAAAGGCUCAAAAUCAAACACUUGAUGCGCGAGCUGUUGAGUACAAAUCAAGACGGUGUACGCACGAACAAAGAGCUAGUUCUCCUUUGGCCCGAGAACACCUCCACCCCAUCUGGCACUCAUGUGUGGUUGAAGGACAUGUACUACUCAGGUCACCACCACAUCCGAGCUCCAAAGCGAAUGUUCCAAUGGACGUCGAAGAAGACGCGAAAGUCUUCCAGGGAGAUGCUGCAUCCAAUAUUGUCGAGUUCUAUGAGAAGAAUGUGUUCUGGACUGUUGAUUUCCGAUCGGAUUUUGCUCGCAUCGCUCGUAUCCUCACUGGAAAUGCGAUAGGCCUCGCACUCGGUGGAGGCGGCGCAAGAGGGGCUGCCCACGUCGGAAUUCUGCGAGCUCUGCGAGAACGAGGAAUUCCUGUAGAUAUUGUCGGUGGUACAUCCAUAGGAGCACUAGUUGGAGGAGUUUAUGCUGCUACUCCAGACGAACGAGUUGAAGAACGUACUAGGAAGUGGUUCAGUGGUAUGACAAGCUUAUGGCGCAAGGUCCUCGAUCUCACGUACGCUCACUCUGCAAUGUUUACGGGUGCUCAACUAAACAAAUCACUACAAGAUCUCUUUGAGGACAAAGAAAUCGAGAAUUUAUGGAUUCCAUACUUUUGCAUAAGCACUGACAUCACGACCUCUGAAUUGCGUGUGCAUCGUAGCGGUCCAUUGUGGGCGUACUGUAGAGCGUCGAUGUCACUGGCCGGGUAUCUGCCGCCGAUGUGUGACCCUCAAGAUGGCCAUCUGCUUCUGGAUGGUGGAUAUGUCAAUAAUCUUCCAGCGGAUGUGAUGAGAUCCAUGGGAGCAAAACGUGUUAUCGCUGUGGAUGUUGGUGCAUCAGAAGAGACGAAUCUUUACAACUAUGGUGAUUCAUUGAACGGCUUAUGGGUGCUGAUGAAACGGUUAAAUCCAUGGUCAGAUCCUAUACGAAUUCUAAACAUGGAGGAAAUUCAGACCCGAUUAGCCUAUGUGUCAUGUGUUCGCCAGUUGGAAACUGUGAAGAAGGCGCCUUACUGUAGUUACUUCCGACCAGCUAUCGAGCCGUUCAAAACGCUGGAGUUCAACAAAUUUGAUGAAAUUCUGGGUGUUGGCUAUGAAUACGGCAGAGGGAAGAUCGAUGCGUUGAUGGAAACUGAUGAAUUCAACGCGUUACUAAUUGGUGGCAAUACUCAAAACAGAUUACAUCGACAACUCAGUAAGACAAAGCGUACACCCCUAAUGGAGCGUUCAACGUCGUUCACUGAUUUGGCAGCAGCUCUUUCAAAGAUUCCAACAGUUCGCCCUGUGUUACGACAUUCCUUAAGUGCCUACGAUCAAAUCGAUGACAAUCGGAUGCUGAAUAACGAGUUGUCACAAUCUGAUUUCAACGACGCUUCAGAAGCAUCGGAUGCCGAGGCGGAUCUGGGCAAUCGCUACUCGACGUGUACACCGAAACCUUGA